UGUGUCAGCCUUGACUCGUGGGUGUACUUGCUGGUGAGGUGCAGGACCACAGGUGUGGUAGUGGUCUUACUGAUAAUAGGCGGAAGCAGCAUGUUUCAGGCCAACUGCUACAGUUAACCCAGAAUGAGUCACUUGACAGCUCAAGGUCUUUCACAUGCUAUUGCUAUUUCGCCAACUUCAGCCAUGCUGACCAGCACUGCAAUAUCCUCCGGUUACUGUUCUGCAGCAGAGGACACUCAGCUCCGGGUUUGCCCCUGUCGCCCCACCAACGGAUAUGCAUGGACGUAUUCUCUGCGUAUAUUUAGUAAAUCUACAGCAGUCCGAUGUUGGCAUUCUUGCCUACUAAGCCAGCAGGGUCGUGGAAUCACGGGAUACACCUCCUUGAAUACCCGAAGGUCGAGGAUGGUUGGAUGUCGAUCUGAUAGAAUAGGACCGAGGUUAUUGCUCUUUCGGGCAUGGGCGGGGGAUAUUGGUGCCUGUAAAAACGGGCAUCCAUACGGUCUGGAAGCACAUGCAAUGGACGUCAUGGACUCUCGCUUCGGUGAAAGUCCCUUUGUAAGUAAGUAUCCUUCCUCCCUUCUCCCCGCCGCCAUCAAACUACAACAAAAGUCCACAGCCUAUGAUCUCUAUUUAAUUCUCAUUCAAUCUUUUGCAUCAAAUGACACGACAACCCCAUUCUGCCGACCAGAAUCGCCAAGAACCAACCAUCGCCGCGGCGUGGCGACCGAAAGCACAGAAAUGCCUCAGCAAAUGCCUGAGGCAGGGGGCGGGUUCCCCCCAUUAGACCGAGGAUCUUCAAGCAAAUGUGAUCCUCUCUUCCGAACCUCAAUCCACUCAUCCACUCAGCGUCCUCCUUGGCUCCGAACUUGACUUGUGAAUCUGGGACAUGGGGAACCUAAUUCUGGUCCUCCCCCUUCUCUCAUUCUCCGUUUCCCCAGUUUUCCAAUCCCGCCUCGAGAGAUGCCGGGUGCGUGUCUGGCCUUCCACCCAUUUUGUCCCGCUGAUCCGAACGUUUACCGACGACUGACCCAGUUAUUCGCUCUGACGCAUAG